AUGGCGGGGCUCGCCGGCGCGGCCAGGGGCCACGGCGGGCGGAGGCGAGGGGUGGCGCCGGUGCGGGCGCAGGACGCGGCCCCGAGCGGGCGCACGCCUAGGUGCGGGCGGACCCGGCAAGGCGCCGGAGCAGGGGGCGGUCGCCACGGCGAGGCCAUGGCCGGAGCGGGGCGCGCUGGCCGUGGUCAGUGGAGAGGCGCCCGCGGGGAGGAGCGCUGGGCAAGGGGCCGCAGCGGGCGGACGGGGCGUGUGCGCUCAGGUAAGAGCGCGGUGCUACGGGCGCCGGAGCAGGGGGCGGUGGCCACGGCGAGGCCAUGGCCGGAGCGGGGCGCGCUGGCCGUGGUCGGUGGAGAGGCGCCCGCGGGGAGGAGCGCUGGGCAAGGGGCCGCAGCGGCGGACGGGGCGUGUGCGCUCAGGCGGGAGCGCGGUGCUACGGGCAAAGAGGCUACCGGGCGGGGAGGCCACGGUGCGGGCGCUGUGCACGGCGGGGUGGCCGCGGGCACCAGGCCGCGGGGAAGGCUACGGGGCGAGGGUCGGGUGGAGCUGCGGGAGCACGCGGGCGAGCGAGUCCCGUCGAGGACGACUCCGGCGUGGGGUCAGAGAGGGAGAUGA